GUCCAAAAUGUUAGACAAAAAACCAAAAAAUCAUGUCCAAAAUUUCGUUAGGCUGCCGAUAUCUCUGUUUCCCUUUCAACGACUAUCUAUUUAAUUACCGUCGUCCACAUUGUUUUUAAUAUCUUUAUUCGAGGUUGGUUUAGUUUUUUUUACCAAACUCACUUUGCUACGUUUUUGCCUUUUUGGUAUGGUUGUAUUUGUACCACCGGGAAAAAAAAGAUAAGAGGUUUGGUUGGUCGAGCUUACUGAUUAAAAAAUAUACACGUCCACCAAAUAUUAAAACAAUAUAUCCCAUUUUUCCUCCUCUCUUUUGGUAUUACAUUAAUAUUUUAUUAUUUCCCCAUUUGCUCUGUAUAUAUAAACAUAUGUCAAUAGAGUGCCUCUACAGUCAUGUUUCCAUAGACAUAAUCUCUCACCAUUGUUUUUCUCUGCAAAACUAAAGAAACAAAAAAAGAAAAAUCGGAGAAACCAAGAAAAAAGAAAUGGGAAGUGUAGAAGCAGGAGAAAAGAAGGCUUUAGGAUGGGCUGCAAGAGAUCCUUCUGGUGUUCUCUCUCCUUACUCCUACACUUUAAGGAGCACAGGAGCAGAUGAUGUGUAUAUAAAGGUUAUAUGCUGUGGAAUAUGCCAUACUGAUAUUCACCAAAUUAAAAAUGAUCUUGGAAUGUCUAAUUAUCCUAUGGUUCCUGGGCACGAGGUAGUAGGUGAGGUGUUGGAAGUGGGAUCAGAUGUGAGCAAGUUCACCGUAGGAGAUGUAGUCGGAGUCGGCGUGGUCGUUGGAUGCUGCGGUAGCUGCAAACCAUGCAGCUCAGAACUUGAGCAGUAUUGUAACAAGAGAAUCUGGAGUUACAACGAUGUCUACACCGAUGGAAAACCUACUCAAGGUGGCUUCGCCGACACCAUGAUCGUCAAUCAAAAGUUUGUGGUGAAGAUUCCAGAAGGAAUGGCGGUGGAGCAGGCUGCACCGCUACUCUGCGCGGGAGUAACGGUUUAUAGUCCGUUGAGCCACUUCGGUCUAAUGGCGAGUGGGCUUAAAGGAGGGAUUCUAGGGUUAGGUGGAGUAGGGCACAUGGGUGUGAAGAUAGCUAAAGCAAUGGGACACCAUGUGACUGUGAUAAGCUCAUCAGAUAAGAAAAAAGAAGAAGCUAUCGAACAUUUAGGAGCUGACGACUAUGUGGUGAGCUCUGAUCCAGCAGAGAUGCAAAGACUCGCAGAUUCCCUUGACUACAUCAUUGACACCGUACCGGUGUUUCACCCUCUCGACCCUUACUUGGCUUGUCUUAAACUCGACGGGAAAUUGAUUCUCAUGGGUGUUAUCAACACUCCUCUUCAGUUCGUGACCCCUCUCGUCAUUCUUGGGAGGAAAGUGAUAUCAGGGAGCUUUAUAGGGAGCAUUAAAGAGACAGAAGAAGUGUUGGCUUUCUGCAAAGAGAAAGGGCUUACGUCGACGAUUGAAACUGUGAAGAUCGAUGAGCUUAACAUUGCGUUUGAGAGGCUUCGCAAGAACGAUGUUCGUUACAGAUUUGUGGUUGAUGUUGCAGGAAGUAAUCUGGUGGAGGAGGCUGCAACAACUACAAACUAAAGAGGGCAGGGCACAUUGAUACAUGAACGAAAAAUUGUAACGGGCUUGUUUGUCCAACGAAUGUUUUGUUGUUGUCUUUUUCAAAUGGUUCAAACACGAAUGCUUUGGCUUUAUUUUUUUCUAAUCAAUGUGGAUUUUCUGUUUACGUGUGUUUGUCACAAGAAAAUCAUUAUGAUAAGAAUUUUCUUCCACUUGAACUCAAAUUUGUUAACAAUUCUGAAUCUGAAUUAUGG